AUAUUGACCCGCGUUGAUCACAUACUAGUGGGGCUGUCCACCAUCUAGAAAUCUCCACAGCUUCAUCCGCCAUUUCCUUAUAAUCGGUUCUCAGUAUGAGCAUUAGUCCGACAUCUGUACUCUUCUACUUCACUUCAUGCCUUCACUUCGUUCCACUCAGUCAUAUGAUGCGACUGCUGACCCAAGAGCUCUUGCUGAAGAACAACUCCCCGAGGCCCUUCAUUGCACGUCUCUCUCGACGAGAGUACUUUGUUUUUUAGCGCUUGGACGCCUAGAUCUUGAAGAUCAUUGGAAGUCCCUCCAAUCAGAGCAAGCAUUCGAAACCGUCAGAACUAGGUUGUGCUCUAUCCUGACCAGUACUAUCACCACAGCGGGCGUUAUCCUUGCUAUGAGUGGUGUUUUCGUCACCACCGGCUCUCCUGUGUCAUACUUUGACUAUACAUCACCCGCUCCUCAUUGCCUGCUCUUUAUAUCCCUCAUACUCGCUAUGAUCGCGCUGUUGACAUCCGGCUCGAGCAUGAUACGUUGGCUACACACCGAUCGGCAUUGGAUUCAAGAGCAACUUAAGUUAGGCGGCUACUUCGUAUUGUCCUACCUGUUGUCAGUGGUCACCCCCAUGUUCUUCGUCGCUUGCUCCCUGCAUUGUUUCGUAUUUGCGAUGCUGAUUGCAGGGUUUUCCUCUCAGAACAUGAUCUGCCGCGUCGUCACUGCGGUCUGGAUGAUCACAUACGUCGUCAACAUCGGAACAAUAUUGAUGGAAACUAGGUGGAAGUAUGCUCAAUCACGCUAG